AUGGAGACUUGCAGGGACCCUGAGGUCAACCAACGGUCUCUAGAGGCGUCCAAGUCGGCUUUGAAUUCUCUGCACGAUGCGAAGAAUUGGGUUCCUUUAUUGCAAGAACCGGCAUACAAACCUCAACGCAUACGCAUCGUAUGUGUCGGGGCCGGGUAUUCUGGUCUGAUGACAGCAUACGAGGUUAAAUAUAAUAAGGCUCUUGAAGGCUUCAUCGAUUUUACCAUCUAUGACAAGAAUGAAGACGUUGGUGGAACAUGGCUGGAGAAUAGAUAUCCUGGAGUUGCAUGCGAUGUUCCCGCGCAUAUCUACACCUUUCCUUUUGAACCCAACCCGAGCUGGUCUACAUUUUACGCUUCAGGCUCCGAGAUCUGGUCCUAUAUAAAGAGAACAUCAGAUAAAUAUGGUCUAGAUGAACAUGUCAAACUUGAAUCGAAAGUAGUUCAAGCAACGUGGGACGAGCCUUCGAGUAAGUGGCGUCUCAAGAUUCGACAAAACGGUGAAGAAAAGGAAGACGAAUGUAACAUAUUGAUCGACGGGUCGGGCUUCUUAAAUAACUGGAAAUGGCCUGAUAUCGAAGGUCUUCAUGAUUUCAAAGGGGAGCUUCUUCAUACUGCAAAUUGGAACACUUCUAUCGAUGUGGCAGGCAAGAAAGUCGCCGUGAUUGGCAACGGCGCUUCUGCUAUCCAAGUGCUUCCGCAGCUGCAAAAGACCGCGGCUCAAUUGACCAACUACAUCCGUUCCCCUACAUGGAUCUUUUCCAAUCAUGCGGCUGAGCUUACAAAAGACGGAACCAAUUUUGCCUUCACCGAAGAAGAAAAGAAGGGGUUUCGUGAUAAUCCUGCUUCGCUCUUUGAGCUUCGUAAGAAGAUCGAGCGCAGUGAAGACAAAUUCUUCAACGUCUUCUUCAAGGAUUCGGCAGCUCAAAAAACUGCUCUUCCGCGAGCACAGGCAUCGAUGCGAGAGCGGCUCGGGAACGAUCAAGAGCUCUGCGACAAGCUAAUUCCACAUUAUGAGCUUGGGUGCCGACGCGCAACGCCGGGCGAUGGGUAUCUCGAAGCUCUACGUGAGAAAAAUGCCAGCGUCAAUGUCAACCCAAUAGUCCAAGUUACUGAAUCUGGAAUCCAAACAACCCAUGAGCACUCCGAAUUCGACAUCAUCGUCUGCGCAACUGGAUUCGAUGUUAGUUACCGCCCUCCAUGGACUGUGCAAGGGCGGAAUGGAUAUCAACUCAAUCUCGCAUGGGAUGACUCGCCAGAAGCAUAUUUUGGGAUCACAGCGGCCAACAUUCCAAAUUAUUUCAUUUUUAAUGGUCCCAAUAGCCCUGGUAAGCGUCCCCUCUCCAGUAUUGAAGGGAAGUUAGCAGUGGGUCAUGGCACUCUGCUAGAUAAUAUAUUCUGCGUGGCUAAAUGGAUAUUGAGGUGGUGUCGAAAGAUGGCGACGGAAGAUAUUAAGUAUAUUUUGGAUUCUGCUUGGGUAAUCGUAAAAUAUGCUGACGUUUUCAUAGGUCAAUUUGAAGCUCUGGAUGACUAUAACACAUAUUCUCAAGAAUUUCUCAAAGGCAUGGUGUGGUCUGGGUCAUGCCGAAGUUGGUACAAGAAUGGUAAGUCAGACGGGCGCGUUACCGCUCUGUACGCUGGAAGCCGGCUUCAUUUUAGAGAGAUUCUGGAAAGUUUUCGGACAGAGGAUUUUGAUAUUGAAUAUGGAUCUGUGAAUAGAUUUCGCUUCAUGGGAAACGGAAUGACACUAGGAGAGACAAGAGGAGAAGAUUUGUCGUACCGUAUGAGAAAUUGA